AAAACACCAUCAAACACCACCUGCCUGCAACUACCAUUUCAUUUUCGAUUUUUCAUUUUCCUCGGCCUUCUGCUCCCUCUCAAAAGCCGCAAACCCAACCUUUGCCUUAUCAGUAGGGUUUUUGUGCUGCUCAUAGUACAGAUGGCUUUCUCUACCCUUCUCAGAUCCACGCCCGCCGCUCCUCUUAUCGAAGCUUCCCGUCCCGACUUCUCUCCUUCACCGUCCGAUCGCUUCGAGGUUUCAAGCAUUCGUUUUAACUCUUCGAAGAGCAUUUUUGGUGCUUCAGUACCAACAGGGUCAUCUUCCUUACAUACAUGCAGUGGAAGGAGCAUCCAACCCAUCAAAGCCACAGCUACCGAAAUGCCCCCAACAGUUUUAAGAUCACGGGCUGAUGGAAAGACGAAGAUUGGAAUCAAUGGUUUUGGACGAAUUGGUAGAUUGGUUUUGCGAGUAGCAACUUUCAGGGAUGAUAUUGAUGUGGUGGCAGUGAAUGAUCCUUUCAUUGAUGCUGAGUACAUGGCUUAUAUGUUCAGAUAUGAUUCUACUCAUGGAGUUUUCAAUGGAACCAUCAAGGUUCUGGAUGAUUCCACCUUGGAAAUCAAUGGGAAACAAAUAAAAAUUACAAGCAAAAGGGAUCCUGCAGAGAUCCCUUGGGGUGAUUUUGGGGCUGAGUUUGUGGUUGAAUCAUCUGGUGUUUUCACCACACUUGAGAAGGCUGCAGCUCACAAGAAGGGUGGUGCCAAGAAAGUGGUCAUAUCAGCUCCCUCAGCUGAUGCUCCGAUGUUUGUAGUUGGAGUAAAUGAGAAGACAUACAAGCCAAACAUGGACGUUGUUUCUAAUGCAAGCUGCACUACCAAUUGCCUUGCUCCUCUUGCAAAGGUUGUUCAUGAGGAAUUUGGUAUCCUUGAAGGUUUAAUGACAACCGUCCAUGCAACCACAGCAACUCAAAAGACUGUAGAUGGUCCAUCAAUGAAGGAUUGGCGCGGGGGGCGAGGAGCCGCGCAAAAUAUCAUUCCUAGUUCCACUGGCGCAGCAAAGGCUGUUGGAAAAGUUCUUCCAGAACUCAACGGAAAACUUACUGGAAUGGCCUUCCGUGUCCCAACUCCUAAUGUUUCUGUUGUGGACUUAACUUGUCGACUUGAGAAGAGUGCAUCAUAUGAAGAUGUCAAGGCAGCUAUUAAGUAUGCAUCAGAGGGCCCACUUAUGGGCAUUCUUGGUUAUACUGAUGAUGAUGUCGUCUCCAAUGAUUUUGUUGGCGACUCAAGGUCAAGCAUAUUUGAUGCCAAAGCUGGGAUAGGGUUGAGUGCUUCCUUCAUGAAGCUUGUUUCUUGGUAUGACAACGAGUGGGGUUACAGCAACCGAGUGCUGGACCUGAUUGAGCACAUGGCAUUGGUGGCAGCGCAUAAUUAAAGGAGGAAUGCCAUGAGAGGUUUACUGCUGUCACUGACGCGACAAUUUUAGUGAAUGCUCCAAGUUUCUACGAAAGAGUAGUUAUAAAUUUGAUAGUGAUUCGGUUUUUUGUUUGUAUGGCCUAUUGGGUCUUUCUUUUCAUGUGAAUUUGGACAUGCAAACUCUGAAAUAAUGUCAGAAUCAUCAAAAUUUAUGAGGUCAACCCAAUAAGGGAAAAAGAAAAGAAAUGAGGAUCGACUUCCUUUCAUCAA